AAUAAAGGUGUAAAAUUCGCGCGUGAUCUAAUCUAAAAUUAUUUUUUUAUAUACGUACAUACUUAUGCAUUUAUAAUAUUUAAAUAUUUAUAACGUAUAUAAAAUUACUUAUAAAAUAUAUUGUAAAAUAAUGAGUAAUUUAUUUAAAAAUACUACGAUAAUAGUAUUAAACGUUAUGAUUAUUGCAAAUAUAAUAUGGGCAUAUGACCCUAAUGAUAAAAAAAUUGCCUCAGUAUUACCACCAGAAGGAAUGUUUGAAGCAUUUUAUCCAAGAGAAAUGGAUGGUAUACCAAAUGGUUCAUCAAGGCCAGCUCAUGCUCAUGGAAGUUUUUUUAAACAUCGGAAUCCAGCUUUAGUUGAUACAAAAAAUGCUGCCGCUUACGGCUAUCGUUUUGAUGGAAAACGACGGUUUAAUUUUGACUAACUACAUAAAUUUUAUUUUUUUUUUUUAAUUUUUGGUAUAAGUAAUAUAAAUUAUAAAUUUCCCCUAUAAAUUAUAUAUAUACUUGCUUAAUUUUCUUUUUCUUGUAAAUUAUUUUAAAAAAUUUGCAAUCAACAUUUUUUUAUUUUUCAAAAGUCUUUAUACUAUUUGCUAUGGUAGGAAGAAGAAAAUAAAGUUAAAUGAAACUAUAUAAUAAUUUUCAUUAAUAUUAUUCAAAUAUUUUGCAAUUCAUAUGGAAAUUAAGUAUUCAUAUGGAAUUAAGCAUGAAAUUUUUCGUUGCAUAAUUGUAUUAUAAGCUCAUAAAAUAAAUUUAUAAUAUGUGUAAAUGGGUAAAUUAUUAAAAGCUCUAUAAAUAGGGAAAUAACGUAUAUCUAAACAUGUACAACAUGAGUGUAUCAGAUAAUUUUGAAUAGAAUAAUUAACAAAAUGAAUAGUGCAUCUAUAUUUAUAAAGCGCGUUUACAUAUUUACUAAUUAAAAAUUAAUUAUUCAGUUAUUUAGUAUUGGAAAAUUACUUAAUCCAACCCAUAUUUUACAAUAGUUGUUAGCCCAAAUUUAGUUGAACACUUUUUUUAUUCAAAAUGUUUUAAGCAAAGUAUUGUAUGUAAAUUAAACUUUCUUCCAAGAAUUCACGUUAAUAAACUUUACAAU